GUGUGAAGAUAUGUCAAGAAAAAGUGAAAUGUCAGAAGAACUUGAAGGCAAAGUAUUGGAUUCUCUAAUAAAUAUGCCGUUUGCUACGAUAGAUAUUAAAGAUGAUUAUGAAAUCACUGAUAUACCACAAGUAAAUUCGAAGAGAAGUAAAGAAAAUGAAUUGAUCAAGAGUGAUCAAAUAAAGAAGAGGAAAAAAAAAAAGCAGAAAGAUUAUCAACCAAACUAUUUCCUAUCCAUUCCAAUCACCAACAAAAAGAUUACCGGAGGAAUUAAAAUCCUGCAAAAUGCAAUAAUACAACAAGAUGAGCGACUGGCCAAAGCAAUGGUUGGUGAUGGCUCCUUUCAUAGUACCCUGCUGGUGAUGCAGUUACUAAAUGAAGAUGAAGUCAUCACUGGUAUUGAUGCACUCUUGGAAUUAAAGCCAUCCAUAGAGGAAAUCCUCAAAGGGAAACACUUGAUCUUGCCCUUCCAGGGGAUUGACACCUUCGGAAGUCAGGUUGGCUUUGUGAAGCUGGCAGAAGGAGAUCACAUCAAGCCGCUCCUGGAGAUAGCAGAGGCUGCAAAAAGAACUUUUCAAGAAAAAGGCAUCCUGGCAGGAGAAAACAGAAGUUUCAAGCCUCACUUGACCUUCAUGAAACUGUCAAAAGCACCAGUGCUCCGGAAGAAAGGAGUGAAAAAAAUAGAGCUUGGAUUGUAUGAAAAAUUUAUCAACCACAGAUUUGGAGAAGAAAUGUUCUACCGCAUAGACCUGUGCUCCAUGUUGAAGGAGAAGUGAAGUGAUGGCUACUUCCACUGUGAGUCUUCAGUCGUGAUUGGCAAGAAACCAAUUGGAAACCAAGACUUAAUUCAUGAAGCUUUACA